UUAACCACUUCCUCCUUCAUUUAGUCUUUCAAUUCCCUGCAAAUCCUACUCCAUCCUUAUCAUAAUUCAAAACCUCUCAAAAGUUUAUUAAAUCCUAUAUUCUUUUUUUGUUCUUUUUAAUCAUGCUUGGUCUCUUGGACUAUAAUUAUUUCAGAUGUUUUCGAAUUUGUGGACCUAUUUCCUGAACAUUUACUGCUUAAAGGAAUAAAUAGACUUAUUUACAUCUAUUACAGACAGCAUGAAAACGUCUAUAUUUAUAUUCAUCUUUGUUUCACUGGAUAUUAACCUUAUUUACGGAAAACAGGAUGUCCUUUUCCAAGUGAAUUGUCUUAUAGGCGGUAAUGUUACUUUGUCAACAAAUGUGCAACGUCCUAUAUACGAUGUUACCUGGGACUUUAAAGGAAAUGAGAAAAUAUUCAAUAUUGCACGAAUCACAUUGUCAGAAUUCAAGAUCGUAAACCCACUUUUCGCCAAUCAGAUGGAAGUCUUUAAUAAUGGAACAACAGUAAUAAUCAGAGAACUGAAAAUGAAUGACUCAGGGAUAUUUAUUGCUAGUAUAACUUUGAAAGACUUUCAAAAAAUAAUCAUAAACUUUAAUGUGACUGUGUAUGAACCCGUUCCAAUGCCAGUUAUUGAAAAAAAACUGGACGGUGACAGCGCUGACUGGUGUAAUUUCACCCUUAAUUGUUCUAUUCCAACAAACCAAACAAUCUCACUGAUCAGUUGGAAGUACAGACAAAAAGCCCAAGAGUUCCAGCCAUAUAGAAAUGAAAGCUCAAUCCAAGUCUCACUGAAGCCUGAUUCGCUUGUUCCAGAGUAUCUCUGCGUAGUAUACAAUCCUGCUCAUCAGAAAACCGCAUCAUUGCAACCACUGGAAUUCUGUUUUACUCCAGAAAAUACUCGCAGUCGUUGGAUGAUUAUAAUUAUUCUGAUUUCACUAUUUAUACUCUUACUAUUCCUUGGUUUUGCAUUGGUGAAGAGAUCUAGAAGAAAAACAACUGACAGCACACGCCUGCUACUGAUGACACGUCAUGUGGUGUCGGCCGGUGAUGACUUCAUCAGCGGGGGGCGGCGUGGGGCUGAUAAUGUCGUUCUUACAGACUUCAUGGAAAUGGCGGAUACAGCACCCAAUAUGGACAAUCUGUAUAUGGAGGAUGCUGACAGGAUAAGGGUGACCAAUGACCUGAAAACUACUCCCACAAAAAAUACACAACAAGACGAGGUUCAAUAUAUUGAGGUUGAGACAACUCCACGUUUUUCUAACAAUCAGAGCACACCCAACCUGGAGAAUGAAGCUGGUGAUUCUCAAAAGGAAAGAGCUUUGACAAUUUAUACUAUGAUCACAAAAUAGUAUUGGAAUAUGAAAGAUGUACAGAAUUCAUAGCAAGGAAUUGGAAGCUGAUAUCCUUUCUGAUGCUUUUAAAACCAGCACUUCCCAUAACUAAGCUUUGUAGCAGAUGUAAAGAAUUAAGUACAUUAGUCAGCUAUUAUUAGAAAAGGAAGAAAUAUCAUCACCCAUGGGAAGUCAUCUUAUACUGCCUUGUCUCAAGCAACAGAAGAAAUUGUCUUAUGCAGAGUCUGAUAACAUCUGGUGUAUUUAUGCCUUGGCAACGCAAGUCUGUGCGUAUUACAGCAUACUUUUCUGUAUGCAGCCCAUAGCAUAUGAUGUAUGUGCAUAGGCAGACUUUAUAAAUUCUGAUGGCGCAUAGUCCCUCCGCACACUCCUUCCAUAUGGCUAUUGCAUGUCUGUGACAAGCAUGUAACAUGGAUGAUGAAAUUACAUUUUGAUUCCCUCUGCCUCGCACAUACAUGCUUUUGUGUGGAAGAGGGAGCAUAUGGUUGCUUAUCACCUGUGUUCAUAUAAGUGUGAAGUUAGUUACUGGCAGGAAAAUGGUUAAAUAACUGCAUUAUGUGUGUCACUGGUAGAAAGGAGAAUUGUUUUCCCCCCUGCUCAGUGUGUUAGUGGCAGGAAGGGGUUGAACACCUGCAUUAUGUUUUAUGUGUGUUACUGGUAGAAAGGUUCAGUGUGUGAUAGCGGUAGAAAUGGGGGAUAAAUAGUAUUUACAGUGUUGUGUUUGUUGGGUCCCUGUACAGUGUGUGUUUUUGUGACAAAAAGGAAACAGAAACAAAUGGGUGGGGGGGGGGGGUUUAGAGCACUCUCUAUAUUUUUUAAUCUAUCACUUUUUAAGACAACAUUUUUUUUAUCAAAAUAUUAUAAUCAGACAGCAAGAAAUCCCUGAUUGGCUAAAUUUAUCAUAAGGAUAAAGCGAUCCCAAAAACCCUAGAGUGAUAGCAGUAGUGGACCUAUUGUGUACUGAUGUAUCUAUACACUGAUAAGUAUGCUGUGAGUAUAGCGAUGGUGAGUAUCUAUACAUAGAUAAUGACCACAUAGGCACACAACUAUAUAUCAACUGGCUGCUAUGGCCCCCCAGGUGCCACUGCACCUGCUGCAUCAAUGGUAAUUCAGCCCCUGCGUGAUAGAAUAUAUGCAGACAAACAAAGAUAUCAACAAAAAAUAAAGAGAAAA